UCGUGCGGCAAGCGCACACUUCUUUUAAAACCGGUAGCACGCGCGACCCCGAUUGUUUUUUCUUAUUAUCGAGUCGGUAAGCUGUGUUCAGUUACGUGUGUACGGGAGUGACACGCGACGAGGAGUGUAACCGAGUAUUGUUGACUGACAACCCUCGAGGAGGCGAGAGAAUUUUAAAAGGACGAGCGAGAGAGAGAGAGAGAGAGAGAGACUGGACGAAGAGGAUUCGCGAAGUUUCACCGACCUCGAGUUUCUCACCCGUGAACGGUAUACGCGGUCAUUUAACACUUGACGCUGUCACAUGCGCAGUAAUUAUGACGGCUGAUUCGAUCUGCGCAUGCGUCGAUCACGCAUCCCUCAAGGGACAACUUCGCGUCGUAUCAGUUUGAAGACGCCGCGAAGAUGAGUUGGUCGUAACUGAGCUCUCGUGUGUUUAUAAUUUUCUCUCGUCCUCGUUUCGUCCUGUUCGUUCGUGUUUGAUGUUAUGCAUGGAUUCGAGUCUCGCACGCAACCCCGACAUUCGAACGUCACGCUUCGGGCGCUCGUUAACCUCGAGUUUUCAUCUUCGAAGCGCGGACCUUUCGGGGUGGCGAAAAUGUGAUCGUACGACGUAGUUUGUGUCGCGCGACGGAUUUCUCGUGGCCGAUAAAACGCGUGUUUCCUAUAUCAAAAUGACGGUGAACCGAUCGGUGGUGACGAUGGUGUUGAUGCUGAUAACCUCCGUAAUUAUACUGGUUCACGUGAAGGAUGUGAUGACACUGGAGUACGACGACCUUCUUCCGGCGAACGAGACCAACGCCCGCCAUCGCAUCGAUACAGAGUCCUCGAUCGGCGAUCAUCGUCAGGGUCGAAUGUCCCUCCAGGCUGAGCUGCCAUCGUCGAAAGCGAAGAGGGAACAAGCUCUCCGCAGCAUCCUAGCCGCGAGAAGGCGACAGAUCCUGAGUCAACGACCACUCGAAUCUAGGAAUCAGAAUCGUACACCAAAACCGGCGGAAGCCUCUGCGAAGGAACCGUCCGACGUUUUGGAGGCGCAAGAAACCAAGCACGGGAUGUACGUAACCGCGUCAGCGAACGGGAAAAUAGAACACUCGAUCGACGAAGAAUUAACGAGCAAGGACGUGGAUAUCGAGUUCAUCUCGAAAGAAGUGGAAAGUAAACGAGCGAUCGAUGAAAAUUCGAAAAAAUCGAGCAAUGAGAAUCUCACAGCAUCGAGUACGGAUGAUAAAUCAUAUUCUAGCGACUCGAAAAUCGAUCAUUCGACUAGUCAAAAGAAUUUAGCUCUCUCUUCAUCUACCACCGCGUCUUCGUCUCUUGUUACAAACAGUCAGAAAGCUUCGGACACGGAGAUUCGAAAGAAGAACAUCGUAUCGAUGCCGGAAUCUCUGUACAACUACUUCAGACCCGUGGAGAGUAACAUACCAGUGGAGGACAUGUCGCAGUUUUUGUAUUUCGGUCAAAAGAUUCAACCGGAGACUCAGAACAACACUGGGAACAAUUCAGUGGAAGCGACGCCAACGGCGCCAACCGCGCCCAGUUCUCGAAGACGUUACUCCAUGAAGAGAUACACCACGACGACGCCAGUGUCGAUCCCGAUGCCUCGAUUGGAGGAGAUCAUAAACGAGGAGAUGAACAUCGCCGUGGAACGGCAGACGGUCGAGAAGAACAAGGUGUCCAAGAUCAAGAACGCCUUCAGGAGUGCGGAGAAUGGGGUUUACUACAGAAAGAGCAGACCCACGGAGUCGACGAUCGCUUCUAACGUUAUCACGGCGAAGGAAAUUGCUGGCAAUUCCACGGAGGUUGGAACGAAACCGAGUGGCGGCAAGUUUGCCGACGAUAACCCGUCCGCUCACGCCGACACGCCGCCGGGCCAGCUGCGGCACGAGAGAGGAAGUGCUGCUACCCACGUGGUCGCUGAAACGAGGAAUGCGACCAACUCGACCCAGAUACCGUACCAGCAGCCUGUUUCCGCGAACGCGUACGAAGCAACCGAGACGGAAAGUGAGAUCGCUCUUAAGACCGAUCGUCCUACGGACACCUCGAGCGAGUCCAACGCGAUGUUGAACGAAAUGGAGCACGGUACAGUGACCAAGAGUUCUACGCAAACACGGAAGAUAGACGAUUCCGAGGUUGUCGAGACCGAGAAUGUUUCCGUGAUAGAAGACAAGAAUCCAUCGGAAUCGACCGAUACAGAGAUGUACGGCGAUCACACGGAGAAGAAGAUCAAGAGGAUCGAUCUCUACGAAACGAAUGUCGAAUUUGAUAGAAAAUCUGAUGUAAUGCACGCGGAUCAACCUCGCGGUUCGAAUUCGCGUGAGAACAACAACAUCGAAACGUCUACAUCGAGGGAGAAGAUCGGUCGACCGAGCACCGAACCGUUUCCGAUCGCUUGGACGUCGCCGGAGACGUCCACCCUGAGGAUCAUCGUAACCGAGGGAAGCUUGCAGCAGAGUUUCGCGAUCGCCGCGGACGCUGCGGAGAAAUAUACCGUUAAACCGGUCGAUUCCACGGAGGAACGAGUUCGCAGCGUCGCUUCCGGCGAUCUUCCCACCACGAAGGCUCCUCUUCCAUCUGCAACAACAACAACCAGCGGAUCGAGCAGCGUGGCUACGAUCGAGGCGGCGCUGGCACGACCGAAGAGUCGCCAUCGCGAACAGAAGCAACAACAGCAACGGCAGCGUCCAGAAGGGAAUAAGGUAGAUCGUGAGGAGAAUCAGGAUCGGCAGCAGCAUCGACAUCAGGAACAACAGCAGCAGCACGUGUACGCUUACACGAUAACGAACGUGACGCGGCUAUUGCGCAACUACACCGGACCUGGGUUAAGCAGAGAGGAAGAAGGAGGCGCAGAACGGAGCACCGGUACGACCGAGAUAACGAGCGGAUCGGUGCAGCCGCGUCAGCCACCGCCGCCGUCUCUUCUUCUGCUUCCUCGUGCCGGUAGUGGUAUAGAGGCAGCCAGAGCGCCGGUGGAACUCAGUGCCGGCACAACCGUCGAAGCAGUCGCAGCCGGUCGAGCGUCAGUUGCUCACCUGGUGGGGGAACGACAGAGGAAGGUGGUCGCAGUCGUGCCGCAGUCGCAGCAACGCGCGGUCAACAGAACGUCGGUGCAGCUGACCAGCGUAAACAAGAACGGCCCGUGGUCGAUCAGGACAACGGAAUCUAGCAACACCGGUAGCAGAGGUGCCGUUCGAUGGAAUCAUACUAAAACCAGGAACACCGAUUUGGAGGGUUUCGGAGACAGGAGGUUGCUCAGGAAAUCGGCCAGCGCGGUGCUGAAUCAAAGAAUCGGAGCGAACGGCGACGAGGACGCUUCGGUGAUCGGCAAGAGGCGAAGGCUGACAAAUGGCCAGAGUGGAUCUUCCAGCAGGAGGGUGAAAGGGUCGAGCAAGAUCGCGGAGGAGGGCUUCGCCACGGUGAAUGGUUCGAUCGGCGAUAAGAAAAAUUUCGGUGCUCAGACGAACGCAGAUGAUGCGGUGGAGGGUCGGGGCUUUCGAGAGGACGCGUCCGUUGAUGUGAAUCGAAGCAACGAGAGGAAUAUCGUGGUAAACGGGACGGCGGAAAACGUCACGAUGCAGCAGAAAAUUUUUACCACCGUUCCGUCCUCUCCUUCCGGGCAGGAAAUCAUCGAUUCGACUACUCCGCAAACGCCUGAGAACACCACGGAGGAGGAUCGAAGCAAUUCGACAGAGACGGUGACUCUGAUGAACAGAUACGCGGAGAUCGAUACCAAAGACAAAAACACAGUGUACCGAAGUGAAAACGAUAGUGUCCCUGUGAAUAACGAGUCCCAUGGGAAUAGCACGGGUGGUACGAUUAAUGGUACAGAGAGCGGAAACGGUUCGCCGACCGUGACAGUGACCGCGACAGUCGACGAAACGACCCUGCUGAAAGAGACCCCGUCGACUAUCACGCCGAUACCGGCGCCAGUUUUUCCAGUUACACCCAGAAUAAUUACGGAAGUGGAUCGAGCGCCGUUCGAGAAGGAGACUUUCACCUCGAAACCGACCGAGUCCGCGAACCAGGUGACGGACAUCAAAACGACCGUGCCGAACGAGCCGCUCGAUGCUGCUAACCUGGAUCCCUCGGAGAUCCAGAAGAUGUACAGGUCGAAAGACGCGACCACAACCACGACGAGCACGACGGAAGUACCGACCACCACGAUGACCGCGGUGCAGAUCGAGAUCGCCACGAUACCGCAAGACCAAAGCACCACUUCCGAGACGAGGCAUGUGAAAUCCGAAACGACGACUAGUCCUCCGAUCGUAGAAUCUCGGAAGCGAGUAGCCGGCGAGAGGUCGCCGGAAGUCAGGCCCCGAAAUUUGUCCGACGAAUCGAAGGACAAGGACGACGUGUUACCUAUAAUGCAUCUGUACAACACCUCGGACAUCUUCAACGGUAGCGGACCCAUGAACUCGUUACCUCGCGGCACGGAACGACGGGCAGAGCUUCCGGUGGACCCGAAACUUCCCGAGGUUUCCAGAACGACCGAGAAAGCCAACGACACCGUGACCUCUAAGAACGUAACGAACGACUUCUCUACCCGUGUCCCCGUGUCCGAGUCCACCAGGAAGGACAAACACGACGACGCUCGUGAAACGUUCUCUCAGGUACCACCGACGGGUCCAGGAAGAGGAUCCAUGAAUGGAAACGGCAACAACAGGACGAGACACAGGCCAGUUUACCAUCACACCAUCCUGCCGGAAUACAACACUUCCGUGUACAGCAACGAACUGAACAGGACGUUCUUCGAGACUGGACUGAUAUCGGUUAGUCCACGAGAAUCGGUGAAUAUCAGUGAAGUGAUAUCGAAGAGACACGACGGCGACGCCAUAGCGUCCCAAGAGACGGUCGCCGUGGUCAGCUACAUCCUUGCGACGCUGGUCGUCUUCCCGAUAGCCGUCGGCGUUGGUCUCAUUCUUAGAAGACUGAUACUUAGGAAUCGUAAGGUGCUCGAAGAGUCAGACACAUCGUCGGAAAUCAGCUGCCGGAAGGACGCGCUGAAUCUUGAGAACGGUGACUUCAAAACGUCCAUUGAAAAGGCGAUCACGAAGUUACCGAGGAUACAGCACUUGUGUCACGAAGCGGAGAAACCACCGCCUCCGCCGUCACAAGAAUCGAGAUGGGAGUUUCCUAGAGAUAAGCUUAGGUUACAAACGGUCCUCGGGCAAGGAAACUUCGGCCAGGUAUGGAAGGCUGAAGCCGAUGAUUUGACCGGUCAUCAAGGAACCACUCGAUUAGUGGCCGUCAAAACCGUGAAGGAAGGUGCUUCUGAAAGGGAGAAAGAGGAUCUGGUUCGAGAGUUGGAAAUCAUGCAGCAACUUGGCAGUCAUCCGAAUGUCGUCACCCUUCUGGGUUGCUGUACCGAACAAGAGCCUCAUUAUCUCAUACUCGAGUACGUGAUGUACGGGAAAUUGUUGGCGUAUCUUCGCGAUCACCGUACCAGGCAGGAUUUCUACAAUUUCAGCGAGGAUUCGGCAGCUCUCACAUCCAGGGAUCUCACAGUUUUUGGAUACUGCGUGGCGAGGGGCAUGGAGUAUCUUGCGUCGAAAAAGAUCAUUCACCGUGAUCUCGCCGCGAGGAACGUGUUGGUGGACCACAACAAGCUGUGCAAGAUCGCUGACUUUGGCAUGUCCAGGUUCGCGAACGAGGACGGAGAGGUGAUCGAAACGAGACACGGGAGAAACGCCUUGCCCAUCAGAUGGAUGGCUCCGGAGUCCUUAAUUUACUCGCUGUUCACAACCAAGACGGAUGUCUGGAGCUUUGGGAUCCUUAUGUGGGAGAUCGUCACCCUAGGUUCGACACCAUACCCGGACAUGACGGCACGCGAAGUCAUGCGGAACGUGCAGAACGGUUACCGACUGGAGAGGCCUUCGCACUGUCGAAGCGAGCUCUUCAGGGUAAUAUCCCGAUGCUGGCACGCCGAUCCAGACCGUAGGCCAGAAUUCCAGACGCUCAGGAGGGACCUGGCGCAACUACUCGAGGACAACUUGAAUGGACAUUACGUUGAUCUCGAAAGUUUUGCCUCCGAGUGCACCGACUGAGGAGUGAAAUAUCAAAGUGAUCUUCCCAUUUAUCGUUCCCCUCCUCCUGAACGAGGAGAAUCGAAAUCCCUAAAGAUUCACCGUCUUGACAAAGACUUUUCUGACUUGGUGAAAUGAAAUUGUCCUCUUUAUCCGCGGAUGAAUGUCCUCUUUGCGAAUGCUGGAUGAGAAAUUGUCAAGGGAAAUGCGGAAAAUUCCUUGGGUAAUUUUAUCGAGCGUUGGUGCAAUGGUAUGCUAAAGAAAUGAAAAGAAUCGAAUUAUAGAAUCGUGUUUGUGAUAUUCAAAAACGGAUCUGACUGUAUUGGGUGUUAAUACGUUGGUUUAAAUCAGAUUCCGUCCAUUUAUAUUGAAUUUUUCCAUUCAUCAGUAAUAUCAUUGCCAAUUUUUAUAUCAGUUUAUGCAAAUAGGAUGAACGGGGCUAAGUGAACAGAUAGAAGAUAUUUAAGCUAUUUUGCAGAUUCAGUAAAGGUUGAAUUUCCAACGAAAACAGGGGCGAAUCCAGAGGAGAAUCAAAUAAAGUAAAAUUAACUAGCAUCUUAAUUUUAUUAAAUUUUAAUAAAAUAAAAUAUCAAAUCGUGCAAAGAAUAGAGCUUCUGGAUCUACUCCUCAUUGGAGUUAUUUUUCUCAAUUUCCUCAAGCAGGUGCUUAAAGGAUCCCGUAAAAGUGCUAAUAUUUAGUUUUCUCAGAGUGACGAUCAUGAAAAGUAAAAAUAAUUUUAUGAUUGGUAACUCGAAAGGAAGACGAAGUUAAUUGGUGUGCGUGUGAAUGGAUUUGGCGUUAAAAUGCAACAGGAAUCACAGGACGCGAUGCGAAGAGAAUGAUUUAACAAUGCAAAUAAAAGCACAGAGUAAUCUACGGUCUGUAGAAUUAAGGAUAAAGAACAUCUUUAUCGUUCUUAGAAUAUGGAGGCGUCUAAAAAGGUGAAGUAUUCUCUUUAGUAUUAUUAUCGUGUAUCUAGUGUUUUCAAUUAACGCGCCAAUUGUCGAAGGCUCGUUCGUUUUGGUAUCUUUUUAAAAUGAAAUUCAGUUCCCUCCGAGGUGAAUAUGUUUUUCAAAACUCAUGCUUUGAGCAAAAUUUACAUUUGUAUGAAAAAUUCUAGAUUUUUAAUAGCCUUGUGUGCCUUUUAGCGUGAUAAUUUCUCGCUUCUGAACAUUGUACAUAAAAACGCAUUAUUAUUCCAAUGCGUUGUAUCAAUCAAACAAAAAAAAGAAAAAAAAAGAAAAAAGCUAAAAGACAAUAAUCUUCUUCGAUCAUCACCUUGUCAUCGCAAUUGCAUCGAAGGUUAUUAUUAUUACUAUUAUUUUCAUCUGUAUCAUUAAUGGAUCGUUAUCAACCACGUACGUGCAGGGCUGUAAAAUUUCGAACAGUUCCACUAUUCGAAUUUUUCUAACAGCCCUAAUCUAAGAUUUCGAUCGUCCAUUUAUUUUUAAUCAUUCUAGUCUCUCUCGAUGCGUCUGGGGUGGCGAUUGGUCUUAAUUAAGCACGAAAUCGCGCGUAAAUUUAUUCUGGAUUGUGAUAUCUGCGUACUCAUUCUUUCUUCUCUCUAAUUUUUUUUUUUUUUUUUUUUUUUUUUUUUUUU